CUCAGAAGACACAGGAGAAGUGCGACCAGGAUUCGGCUUCACGCGAGACUCCUGCAAACCUGGAUGUUUGUGCAUCUAUGGUUCAAACGCAGACAGAUAAAACAUCUCCUCAUAUAAAGGAGAACUCGGCCUCCUGUGAAGAAGGAAAUGACCCAAAUAUUUAUAAUCCUAAAGACGGUUCACAGGACGAAUGUAAAGCUUUUCAGAUUAAGAAGGAACCGGCCUCAGAUGAAGAAGACGACGAGUUCUCGGACCAAGAAGAGGUCCAAUGCAAGUCUGUAGUGAUCAAGGAAGAACUGGCGUGCGAGGAGGGAGGGUUCCCACUCAUCGAGACCCCCGGAGAAGGAAUAACUACUCGCAUUAUUGAAAAUUCAGACUCGUUUGAAGAUGGAGAUCUCACUGAUGCUUCCAUGUCAAUGGAGUAUACGACUUUCGAAAUCAAGGAGGAACCGUCCUCCGAUGAGGAAGAUGCCUUCUCGGACGAGGAAGAGGUCGAGUACAAGUCUGUAAUUAUUAAGGAAGAGCUAGAUUUGUGUGAAGAGGGGGGGCUUCCGGACCUUGAGACCCCCACAGAAGACAUAACGACUCACAUUAUUGAGAACUCUCAGGCCUUGUCUGAAGGUGGAAGUCGCUCCGAUCCGGACAUUUCCAUGUCGGUGGAAUUUACAAAUUUUCAAAUCAAGGAGGAACCGACCUCGGAUGAAGAAGAUGGCUUCUCGGAGCAAGAAGAGCUCCAAUAUAACGCUAUCAUUAUUAAGGAAGAACAGUCCUCGUGUGAGGGAGCGCUCCCGGACAUCGACACAACCGCAGAGGCAAUAACUAAAGGAAAGUCACGUAAAGAAAAUGAUACAGGUACAGUCAAGAUUGAGGCUGAUGAGGAGUUCACAAGUAACGCGCAGGCACACAGUACAUUGAGCACAUUUCAGUGUUCCGAGUGCGGUAAAAGUUUUAAUAGUUACUCAAAGUUUGUCAAACAUCAGGCCACCCAUAAAGAAAAGAGGCUUCCUUGUUCUUAUUGCGGGAAAUGCUUUUCUUACAAGUCACACCUGAUGGCGCACGAGAGGAUCCACACGGGACAGAAGCUGUUUUCGUGCUCUGACUGCGGGAAAAGUUUUACCGGGCACUCAAAUCUCCUUAAACACCAGAAGAAUCACUCGGAAGAGAAGCCCUUCGUCUGCACGGAAUGCGGGAAAUGUUUCUCUUUGAACUCGUAUCUCAUAAAACACAUGAGGUUUCACACGGGAGACAGACGGUUCUCCUGCUCCGAGUGCGAGAAAUGCUUCACCCAAAACUCUGAUCUGGUGAAGCACCAGAGGGUCCACACGGGGGAGAAGCCGUUCGCCUGCACGGAAUGCGGGAAGUGUUUCUCUCAACACUGCUAUCUUUACAAGCACAUGCGCUAUCACACGGGCGACAGGCCCUUCCCUUGUUCCGAAUGCGGGAAAUGUUUCGCUCAGAACUCGGAUCUGGUGAGACACCAGAGGAUCCACAUGUCGGAGAGGCCGUUCUCGUGUCCCGAAUGCGGGAAAGGUUUUACGCAAAACUCGGACCUUCUUAAACACCAGAGGAAUCACUCGGGAGAGAAGCCGUUCGUGUGUUCCGAGUGCGGGAAAGGCUUCUCUCAAAACUCGUAUCUUAUUAGUCACAUGCGGUUUCACACGGGAGACAGACCGUUCCCUUGCUCCGUGUGCGGGAAAUGUUUCACCCAAAACUCCGACCUCGUGAAGCACCGGAGGGUCCACACGGGAGAGAAGCCCUUCUCCUGCUCCGAAUGCGGGAAAUGCUUCUCUCAACACUGCUACCUUAAUAAGCACAUGCGCUAUCACACAGGCGACAGGCCCUUCCCCUGUUCCGUGUGCGGGAAAUGCUUCGCUCAGAACUCGGAUCUCGUGAAACACCAGAGGAUCCACACGGGCGAUAAACCCUUCUCGUGCUCCGAGUGCGGAAAGAGCUUCACCCAAAAUGUAAACCUUCAGCGCCAUAGACGUUCCGAAUGUGGGAAGUCGGUGGACGGCACAACGGCGCAGCAAAAACAGUUAGAAGUGCUAAUAAAAUUUGAAAGAAAACCAAACAUCGCUGCUGGAGCAAUGGAAGCCAUUUUAAUGCAUAUUGUGGAGCAGCUGGUGCAGGGCAAGACGUUGUCCCCAGGAGAGAGAGCCCGUCUGCCUCAGAAGAGUUCUUCAUCCUCCAAUCGGUUAGCUCUCCAGUUGGGCCUUUUGGGUUUUCGAGCAGCCAUGGGACCUUCUGAUGUUCCUCUGAGACUGGGGACAAAUUCUAAAGAGACGGAAGCCGUGGCAGUAACCACGGAGACGACAAAGGACGAGAUUGCGCCGGAGGGGAACGGGCUGUCGGAGCAGAUCGUGGAUCUCGCCCUGGAGAUCAUCUACCUGGUGACCGGAAAGGAUUAUAUUGUUGUGAAGAAGCCUAGCGAGCGGGCCACCAAGCGUGGCAAGCCCAGUGAGCCGGGAGGAUCCUGUGAGACCCAGAUCCCCGGCACGGAUCCCCCGCCUAAUCCCCCGCCUAAUCCCCCGCCUAAUCUUCUGAAGUAUGAGAGAGAUAAGGACCAGAAGAUCUUGGAAGUGACCAACAAGAUCAUCCAGCUGCUGACCGGGGAGGUUCAUGUGCGGUGUGAUGAUGUCACAGUCCAUUUCUCCACGGAGGAGUGGGAGUGUGUAAGAGAACACGAAGACCUUUACAAGGACGCCGUCGGUCAGCAGCUCCUCGAAUCGACAGGAAUCGGGAGGUCGGGCAUCAGUGACGAGGCAUAUGCUAUCAUGGCGCUAGAUUCUGAUGCCACCGACGAGGAGUUUGCUUCCGAUUUAGAUAUCGACCACAGUAGCGACGCGUCUAGCAACUCGGAUCACUCCGGACCCCCGAUUAAGAGGAGCCGUGCCGCCCUGAGUAUCGAUCCUUAUCCUGACACUUACGCCCAGUGGGUCCCCGCGGCCGGCACCGUUCCAGAAAUCCCCCCUUUCACCGGCAGCCCCGGCAUUCAUCCCGACGUGUCCAAUUUCAAGGCAUCUCAGUUCAUGGGGCUGUUCAUGGGCGACGACUUCUGGGAGCAUAUAACCUUCCACACGAAUCUGUACGCCGCCCAGCACCUCGCCACCGACACGACCUCUUACGUGGCCAGGCACGAGUCCUGGAAUCCCACCACCGUGUACGAGCUGCGCAAAUUCUGGGCGCUCACUAUGAUAAUGGGGGUGAUUAGAAAGCCUUCCAUACGCUCGUACUGGAGCACGGACCCCAUUUUUUCGCACCCCGUCUUCACGCAGACCAUGAAGAGGGGCCGAUACGAGAUGCUCCUUCGCUUCUUGCAUUUCAACGACGACACCCAGUGCCUUCCUAAAGACGACCCCCUCUACGACAGGCUCUUUAAAAUCCGGCCCCUUAUUACGCACUUGCAAACGAAGUUCGCCGAGGUGUACACCCCCGAGAAAGAAAUCUGCAUUUCCGAAUCCCUCAUGAAGUACAAAGGGAAGCUGGAGUUCAAACAGUACUUCCCCUCCAUGCGCUCCCGCUACGGGGUCAAACUGUACAAACUGUGCGAGGGGGCCAGUGGCUACACGCACGGCUUCCGGGUGCACGAGGGCAAGGACGGAAACUUUGACCUGCCGGGUUGCCCGGACUAUCUCGAGACAAGUGGAAAGAUUGUCUGGGACCUCGUGAGGCCCUUACUGAGCAAGGGAUACCACUUGUACGUGAAUAGUCCCCACACGAGCGUCUCUUUGUUCAAGCUCCUCUUUUGCCUGGACACCGGGGCUUGCGGCACCAUCAGGCCGAGCUCCAAGGGGUUCCCCAAAAAGCUUGCGGCCGCCAGGCUAAAAUGGGGGGCGUCCCUAGCCCUGCGCCAGGAGGAGCUGUUGGCGGUGAAAUUUAGGGACCGGAAGGAUCUGUGCAUGUUGACCACCAUCCACGACCAUAGCACCGUGCCCGAUUCCGGCCACCGCAAGGCCGACGUCGUCAGGAAGCCGGCCUGCGUCAAGGCCUACAACAAGCAUAUGGGGGCGGUCGAUUCGUCGGACCAGCUGUUGCAGCCGUACCUCAUCAUGAGGAAAAGCAACGCGUGGUACAAGAAGGUUGCCAUCUACAUGAUGCAGGUGGCCACCCAUAACGCCUAUUUAAUUUUUAAGAAGGCGAAGCCCACAAACAAUUGUACGUUUCUGGACUUCCAGCUCCAGUUCAUCAAGGAGCUCCUGGUUCAAGAUUACCAAGGGGCUCCGGUACCGGUACCUUCCGGAUUCGCCCCGAGGCUGGGGGGCGUCCAUUUUCCUUUCAAAAUCCCCCCCUCCGCCAAGAGGGCCACGGUCCAGAAGCGAUGCAGGGUCUGCUACGCGAAGGGACGCCGCAAAGAUACGACCUACUACUGCCCCGAUUGCCCCGAUAAGCCGGGCCUGUGCGUCGGCAGCUGUUUUAAGACGUACCACACCCUUGUGAGUGCCACCUUUGACCCCAAGCAGCUUCUCAGUGCCGUCCUUACCUUCAAACAGCCUGCCUGUGCCGUCUUUGACCCCCAGCUUGUCAACUCUGAGACUAUGAAGGACAGGAAUCGGCUGCCUGAGCAGAUAGCGGGACUCGCCCUGGAGAUCGUCUACCUGUCGACUGGAAAGGAUUAUACAAUUUUGAGGAAGCCUGGUGAGCCGACCACAAACCAUGGCAGGCCCUGUGAGUCACAAGUAGGCUGUAGGACCCAGAUCUCCGGCACGGAUCCUCCACCUGAGAAUGCUAUUGACCGGAAGAUCCUGGAACUGACCAACAAGAUCAUCCAGCUGCUGACCGGGGAGGUUCCUGUGCGGUGUGAUGAUGUCACCGUCCAUUUCUCCUCAGAGGAGUGGGAGUAUGUAGAAGGACACAAAGACCUUUACAAGGACGCCAUGAUGGAGGAACACCAGCUCCUCAACUCACCAGAUGGAUCGGCAGAAAGAUUUCACACCGUCGUGUCCAAACCAGACGUGCUAAAUGAAGAUCUAAAGCACAUCGAAAGUGGACACGGUCCAGGUGAUGCGAUGAGAAGGACGCGUCAGAAGAUACGGGUCAAGUCCGAGGAGGAUUCCGCUUCAUGCGAGGCUCUUGUUAACGUGGAUGUUUAUCCAGUUACAGAUCGUGCGUCUGCUCAUAUAAAGGAAAACUCGGCCUCCUGCGCACCAAAUAUUUAUAAUCCUAUAGAGUAUUCGCAGAGCGAGUCUACAGCGUUUGAAAUUAAGGAGGAACCGGCCUCAGAUGAUAAAGACGAGGUCUCAGACCAAACAGAGAUCCAAUAUACGUCUGCAAUUAUUAAGGAAGAGCUAACGUCGGAUGAGUUCCCGGUCAUCGAGACCCCCGCAGGUAACAUGACUGCUCGCAUUAUCGAGAACUCAACCUCGUAUGAAGAUGGAGAUCUCACCGAUGCUGACGUUUCCACGUCCACAGAAUAUGGAUCCGUUCUCGUUAAGGAAGACUCAAGCUCACUAAAAGAAAAUUGCGGCGAUCGUUCUAACCCUUCAGGGUGCAUUCAGGUUACGGAUAUUGUGAAGAUUGAGGAUGGCGGGGGGUUUAGGAGCGACGCGGAGCUGCCCGGUACGUUGAUGACGUAUCGCUGUCCUAAUAGUGACUCGGAGUUUGUGAAGCAUCAGGCGGCUCACAAGGAAAAGAGGUUUUCUUGUUCUUACUGCGGGAAAUGCUUCUCGACCAACGCAAAACUGACUGCCCAUCAGAAGACGCACGCGGGAAAGAGGCCGUUUUCCUGUCCCGAUUGCGGGAAGAGCUUUAUUAGGAACUCUGAUCUCACUAGACACAAGAAAAUUCACGCGGGAGACAGGCCGUUCCCCUGCUCCGUGUGCGAGAGACGUUUUACCCAAAAAUCCGAUCUGGCGAAGCACCAGAGCAUCCACACGGGGGAGAAGCCGUUCGCCUGCUCCGAAUGCGGGAAAUGUUUCUGUCAGCGCCGCUACCUUAAUAAACACAUGCAGAUCCACGCGGACGACAAGCGAUUCUGUUGCUCUGAAUGCGGGAAGUGUUUUUCUCAGCAGUGCUAUCUUUACAAGCAUAUGAGGCAUCACAAGAGAGACGGGCGGUUCUCCUGCUCCGUGUGCGGGAGAUGUUUUAUCCAAAACGCCGAUCUCGUGAAGCACCAGAAGCUGCACGAGGGGGAGAAGCCGUUCAUCUGCUCCGAAUGCGGGAGGCGUUUCUCUCAGCUAUGCUCGCUUUCUAAACAUAUGAGGUGUCACACGGUCGACAGGCCCUUCCCGUGUCCUGAAUGCGGGAAAUGCUACGCUCAAGUCUCGGAUCUGGCGAGACACCGGAAGACUCACAUGUCGGAGAGGCCGUUCUUGUGUCUCAAGUGCGGGAAAGGGUUCCUUCAGAGCUCUGAUCUUCUCAAACACCAGAGGGUCCACAAGAGAGAGAAGCUUCAGCCUCCAACGCCAAAGACGCUCUGCAGCGUCUUCAAUAUUGAGGUCCCUGUGGUUCCUAUCAUGGCAAUAAAUGUAAUCCCAGUAUCCGAGGAUAUGACAAACUCCGUGACUAUGAAGGACAGGGAUGGGCUGUCUGAUCAGAUCGUGGAUCUCGCCCUGGAGAUCGUCUUCCUGUUGACCGGAAAGGAUUAUACAAUUGUGGAGAAGCCUAGCGAGCCGAUCACAAACCAUGGCAGGCCCUGUGAGUUAGGAGGAUCCCAUAAGAGCCAUGACUCUGGUGUCCAUCCUCCACCUCAUUCUUUGAUAUAUGAGCGAGAGAAUGAGCAGAAGAUCCUGGAACUGACCAACAAGAUCAUCCAGCUGCUGACCGGAGAGGUUCCUGUGCGAUGUGAUGACGUCACCGUCCAUUUCUCCACAGAGGAGUGGGAGUAUGUAGAAGGACACAAAGACCUUUACAAAGACCUGAUGGUGGAGAAACAUCAGCCCCUCGACCCACCGGGUGGACCCUCAGAGCGAUUUCCCACCAUAAUAUCUACGCCAGACCGGGAAAAUGAAGACCUAAACCACAUGACAUGUGAUCAUGGUCCCAAACACCCAACAGAUAAUAACCCUCAGAAGAUACAGGACCCUUCUGACCAGAAUUCAGCUUCACGGGACACAUCGGUCUCUUGCGAAGAAGGAAAUGCCCUCGACCCAAAUGAUUAUAUUUCUACAGACGGUUCACAGAACGAAUGUACGGCUUCUCAAAUUAAGAAGGAUCCGGCCUCAGGUGAAGAAGACCGAAGCGAGAUGCAGCAUAUGUCCUUAAUUAUUACGCAAGUACGAACCUUGUGUGAGGAGGGAGGGUUCCCCGUUACCGUGACGCCCACAGAAAAGGUAACUACUCCUACUGUUGAGAAGUCGACUUCGUAUGAAGAUGGAAAUCUCACUGAUGCUGACACUUCCGUGCCCACCGAGCCUGGAGCAACAGAGCAUGCAUCUGUCCUCGCUGAGGAAGAGCCAAGGAGACAAGGAGGAAGAACCAAGGAGACAAGACUUUAUUGUUCCCAUUGCGGAAGAUGCUUCUCUUCCAAAGCGCACCUGAUGGCACAUGAGAAGAUUCACACGGAAGAGAGACGGUUCUCGUGUUCCGAUUGCGGGAAACGCUUCACUCAGAAAUCCUAUCUUCGGAAACACCAGAGGAGUCACUCGGAGGUGAAGAGGUUCGCCUGCUCCGAGUGCGGGAAGCGCUUCGCUCAAAAAUUGCAUCUCGCCAGACAUCGGAGGGUCCACACGGGAGAGAAGCCGUUCUCGUGUCCCGAGUGCGGGAGAUGCUUCGUUCAAAAGCCGGACCUUGUUAGGCACCAGAUGAAUCACUGGGGGGAGAAGCCGUUCGUGUGCCCCGAAUGCGGGAAGGGCUUUUCUCGUAAGGCGUGUCUUAUUAAACACGUGAGGUCCCACCGAGGAGAAAGACGCUUCCCUUGUCCUCUUUGCGGGAAAUGCUUCGCCCGAAGCUCCGCUCUUGCCAAACACCAGAGCGUUCACGCUAAGGAGAAGAAGUUUGCCUGUUCGGAAUGCGGGAAAUGUUUUAUGAAGAAGAGCUUUCUGGGUAGGCACAUGCGGUAUCACACGGGCGACAGACCGCACCGCUGCGCUGAAUGCGGGAAAUGUUUCUGCCAAAGGUCAGAUCUCACGAGACAUCAGAGGAGCCACAGGGGAGAGAAGCCGUUCUCGUGCUCCGAAUGCGGGAAAAGUUUCACUCAAAGCUCGUAUCUUCACAUACACCAGAGGAGCCACUCGGGAGAGAAGCCCUUCGCCUGUCCCGAGUGCGGGAAAAGCUACGCCGGAAACUCGCUCCUCACGAGGCAUCGGAGACGGCACGCGGGAGAGAGGCCGCUCUCGUGCCCUGAGUGCGGGAAACGUUUCACUCACAACUCAGAUCUCCUUAUCCACCAGAGGAGUCACUCGGCAGAGAAGCCGUUCACGUGCGCUGAAUGCGGGAAAGGCUUUACUCACAACGAGUAUCUCGUUAAACACGCGAUGUGUCACAAGGUAUCCGAGGAUAUGACAAACUCCGUGACUAUGAAGGACAGGGAUGGGCUGUCUGAUCAGAUCGUGGAUCUCGCCCUGGAGAUCAUCUUCUUGUUGACCAGAAAGAAUUAUACAAACCACGGCAGGUCCUGCGAGUCAGGAGGAUCCCAUAAGGACCAUCGCUCUGGCGUUGUUCCUCCACCUAAAGUUUUGAAAUACGAGGGAGACAACGAGCAGAAGAUCCUGGAACUGACCAACAAGAUCGCCCAGCUGCUGACCGGAGAGGUUCCUGUGCGGAGUGAUGAUGUCACCGUCCAUUUCUCCCCGGAGGAGUGGGAGUAUGUAGAAGGACACAAAGACCUUUACAAGGACGCCAUGAUGGAGGAGAAACCCCAGCCCCUCGACACGUCGGUAGGUGGACCCACGGAAAGAUCUCACCCCAUAAUAUCUACGCCAGACCGGGAAAAUGAAGAGAUAAAGCCCGUGAAAUGUUGUCCUGAUCCAAAACACCCCAAAAAUAAUAACCCUCAGAAGAUACAGGACCCUUCUGACCAGGAUUCAGCUUCAUGUGAAACAUCGGUCUCUUGCGAAGAAGGAAAUGCCCUCGACCCAAAUGAUUAUAUUCCUACAGACGGUUCACAGAACGAAUGUACGGCUUCUCAAAUUAAGGAGGAACUGACCUCAGAUGAAGAAGACCAAAGUGAGAUCCAGCAUAUGUCUAUAAUUAUCAAGGAAGAACUACUCUCGUGUGAGGAGGGAGAGUUCUCGGUCAUCGAGAUCCCCGCGGAAAAAGUGACUUCUCCUACUAUUGAGAAGAUGGCCUCGUAUGACGAUCUAGAUCUCACCGAUGCUGACGCUUCUGUGUCCACGGAACUCGGAGUAACAGAGUAUGCGGCUGUUCUCAUGAGGGAAGAAUCAAGAGCGUUUCAAGAAGAUUUCACCGACUCUUUAGACUAUAUACAGGUUACGGACACCGUCAAGAUGGAGGACGGCGGUUAUUGUUCUUAUUGCGGAAGAUGCUUCUCUUCCAACGCGCGCCUGGUGGAACAUGAGAAGACUCACACGGAAGAGACCCUGUUUACGUGCUCCAGUUGUGGGGACAGUUUUACUCAAAAAUCCUAUCUUCUGAAGCACCAGAGGAUUCACUCGGGGGAGAAGCCGCACGCCUGCUCCGAGUGCGGGAAGCGCUUCGCUCAAAACUCGCAUCUCGUGAGGCAUCGGAGCAUCCACACGGGAGAGAAGCCGUUCUCGUGUCCCAAAUGCGGGAAAGGUUUCAUUCAAAACUCGGAUCUCGUGAAGCACCUGAGGCUCCACUCGGGAGAGAAGCCCUUCGUCUGCUCGGAAUGCGGGAAAGUUUUUUCUCAGCAGAGCUACCUCUGCAAGCAUAUGAGGCUUCACACGGGCGACAAGCGCUUCGCCUGCUCUGAAUGCGGGAAGUGCUUUAGUCAAAAGUCGGACCUCGCGAGACACCAGAGGAUCCACACGGGCGAGAAGCCGUUCUCGUGCUCCGACUGCGGGAAACGCUUCACUCAAAACUCAUAUCUCCUCAUACACCAGAGGACUCACUCGGGAGAGAAGACGUACCCCUGCUCUGAGUGCGGGAAGUGCUUCGGCCAAAAGUCAGAUCUGGCCAGGCAUCAGAGGAUCCACACGGGAGACAAACCCUUCCCGUGUCCCGAGUGCGGGAAAUGCUUCGUCCAGAACUCCGACCUUCUGAAGCACCUGAGGAGUCACACGGGGGAGAAGCCGUUCGUCUGUUCCCAGUGCGGGAAAGGCUUCUCUCACAGCGCGUAUCUUGAAAGACACAUGAGGUUUCACACGGGGUGA